AUGCUCCGACAUGGCAACUUCCUUAUCAACAACCCUCGACUGGCUGGCGAAGAUGGAAACUUGUACAAGCUUGCGCUCUUCUUUCCCGCCAAGAUAGCCUCCCCGAAGCUGAUCUGGGUCGCUACAAAAGCAUUUUUCGAUGACGACGGAGAGAUCGACGCCUUCGCCAACAUUGACGAGAAGUACGUGCCCGACGUUCGAUCACACGGCCACUUCCUCAACCGCCAGUCGUAUUUCCAUAUCCACCGAUCCGAAACUUACCCUUUCAAAAAGCCUGACCCCAAUGAGACUAAGUACAACAAGCUGCUCAGCGGCUACGAUGUCGUUCUCAAAUUAUUUCCAUCCGGAAUCGCUGGAGAAGAUUGGCCUAUCGAAUAUCUAUCCAAGGCUUUUUACGAGGAUGUUACCGUAGCCGACCUGCGUCGGGUUGCGGAGCACUUCGUCGCCAAAGCAAGAUUCUCCGAAGCCGACAUUCCCAACGACCUCGUCAUCCAUGAUCCGAAGAAGUGGGUUCCAGGCGUGAAGAUCAGCUGCUCUGGUGACAUCAAGAUCUUGGGGAAGAAGCUUUUCCGCGAAUUCUUGGUACACAAGUCGCACCCAGUAAGCUUCAGCUCGCACGUCUCUGAAAUCUCGGAGCUUAUAGGCUUCGCAUUGCGAGUUUGCAAGUGCGGAUUCGACCGGAGGUCCCGAAGGAUAUGUAUCAUGACACCUUGA